AUGCAGCUCACGCGGAUAUCGAGCGCAAAUGGGAAGGAUGCACAGCGAUAUUUCAGCCACCAGCAGCCCUGGAGGCCAGGCCAGGACUUGGGAUGGAGCAUGAAUACGCAAAGGAGUCCAGAGCGCGCGAGGAAGUUUGGUCCGGGUGCGUACGGGGCUCAUGUGUACGCCCAAGCAUCGUAUGCAGCUGCCAAGGCGAUCGAGGAGGACAAGUCUAUACAGAGCGCCAGCCAACUUGCUAUUUCCUCUAUACAAGGCGUCUUCUCCCGCCCAGGCCUCCAGGACAGACCGUUUAUUUAUGAUGUGUCAAACAUCAGUACGGGACGGUCUUUUUCUACCCAGCUUGUGGUCGCACGCCAACCUUUCGAGCCAUCUAGCAAGCCUGAGGGUCCUUUCCCACUUUCUGAAGCAGAUCUGCCGCUCGACGAAGUGGCCUUUACGAGCCUGACGACUUUCAAGAGGCCAACAGACACGCCGUCAGAGGUGCAAGAGCGGGACUCGCCACAGGUUCGCUUCGCCGAGAUUUUGCAGUCGAGGGCGGCGGAUGAGUGGGAGGCCUCUCCCCAAGCCGAUAUCGAUAUCGUGCGCGAGACGUUCCCCAUGAAGGGACAUGGGUCCUUUCCCAUCUUGGACAUGUACAAGGUCGACAUGACGGGGUACAACGCCAGCAAAGAUAUUCCAGAUCGACGGCAGCUGACGUUGUACCGCCUACACAAGCCAGUACCUGAAGACGACAUCAAUGCACACAUCCUCUGCCACGCAUACGAGUCCGAUCGAAAUGGGCUCAUUAUGCUCGGGAACCACCUCGGCUAUGGAUAUAGCCUGGGCCCCACGGCCACGCUGAGCUACAGCUUCUUUGUUCACGUCAAUGGCGACGAGGCGGUCAUGAGAGGCGACGGAUGGUGGGUUCAGGAGAUGUGGUGGCCUCGGGUGAGUGCGGGACGUUGCAUGCAGGAGACAAGACUCUGGAGUCCCGAAGGAAAGCAUAUUGCCAGCGGAUACCAGGACGGGAUGGUCUUGCCUGCGAAGAAAAGCAAGAUUUGA